ACGGAUGCUUCUCCGUCAUGUUCUCUGGGAAAUUUCCCCAAGAUUAGGAAAAGGACGGUAGCGCGGGUCUGCUUCGUAAGGCGAGUUUUUACCACUGCAACACAAAGAACAGCGGAGCGCGCUUUCACAUCGUCGCAACUCCACUCACUUGACCAGCCCUACACUUCAGCACCACGGAGAGCGUCACCUCCUCGGCUACCACCCAUGGGGAGCCAGAUUCUCGCGACUCAGCACCGGAUCCCGGUCCACUAGAGGAGGGACAAGCCUGCGUAUUUUACCCUCAAUGUUGGGGAGCAGCACCUUCAAAAACAUGCAGCGCCGGCACACGACGCUGAGGGAGAAGGGUCGCCGCCAGGCCAUCCGCGGUCCCGCCUACAUGUUCAACGAGAAGGGCACCAGCCUGACGCCCGAGGAGGAGCGCUUCCUGGACUCGGCUGAGUAUGGCAACAUCCCGGUGGUCAGGAAAAUGCUGGAGGAGUCCAAGACCCUCAAUUUCAACUGCGUGGACUACAUGGGGCAGAACGCGCUGCAGCUGGCCGUGGGCAACGAGCACUUGGAGGUCACGGAGCUGCUGCUCAAGAAGGAGAACCUGGCGCGGGUGGGGGACGCGCUGCUGCUGGCCAUCAGCAAGGGCUACGUGCGCAUCGUGGAGGCCAUCCUCAACCACCCGGCCUUCGCUCAGGGCCAGCGCCUGACGCUCAGCCCUCUGGAGCAGGAGCUGCGCGACGACGACUUCUACGCCUACGACGAGGACGGCACGCGCUUCUCCCACGACAUCACGCCCAUCAUCCUGGCGGCCCACUGCCAGGAGUACGAGAUCGUGCACAUCCUGCUGCUCAAGGGCGCACGCAUCGAGCGGCCCCAUGACUACUUCUGCAAGUGCAGCGAGUGCACCGAGAAGCAGCGGAAGGACUCCUUCAGCCACUCGCGCUCCCGCAUGAACGCCUACAAAGGACUGGCGAGUGCCGCCUACCUGUCCCUGUCCAGCGAAGAUCCUGUCCUCACAGCGCUGGAGCUGAGCAACGAGUUAGCCCGGCUGGCCAACAUUGAGACUGAAUUCAAGAACGAUUACAGGAAGUUAUCUAUGCAAUGCAAGGAUUUUGUGGUGGGCGUGCUGGACCUGUGCCGAGAUACAGAAGAGGUGGAAGCGAUUUUAAAUGGUGAUGUGAACUUCCAAGUCUGGUCCGACCACCACCGUCCAAGUCUGAGCAGGAUCAAACUCGCCAUUAAAUACGAAGUCAAAAAGGUAAGCUUCCCCACCUCUCUUGGCCUUCCUGCCUCACCUCACCUCACCUCGCAGAGCUGCUGGCCUAGCCUUGUGCUCAUGCAUUUUUCAUGUUCCCACAAAGUGACUG